UGGCAGGCAUAGUUCAUCUAAGAAAUGAAGGAAGAGACUUAGGUGGAAGUAAGUCGUUUCAUCUCUCAUUGGCUUGUGACUGUCACUUACUCAUCAUAUAAACCCGAGAUGCCAUCCCUGAUGAGAGCAUAGAAGAUACUAGAGACUCCACGGAGACAGAGCCCAAGUAAGUGAAUCACACCAUGCCAAACUACAAACUCAUUUAUUUUAAUAUGAGGGGGAGAGCGGAAAUUAUCCGUUACAUAUUUGCUUAUUUGGACAUAAAAUAUGAAGACCACAGAAUAGAACAAGCUGAUUGGCCUGAAGUCAAAUCAACUCUUCCAUUUGGUAAAAUCCCCAUUUUGGAAGUCGACGGAUUUAACCUUCACCAGAGUCUAGCCAUAGCACGAUACUUGGCCAAAAACACAGAUCUGGCUGGAAAAACAGAAUUGGAACAAUGUCAAGUUGAUGCAAUUGUGGACACAUUGGACGAUUUCAUGUCACGUUUUCCUUGGGCAGAGAAAAAACAAGAUAUCAAAAAUCAGAUGUUUAAUGAGCUACUUACAUAUGAUGGACCUCAUCUGCUGCAAGAUUUGGAUGCAUACUUAGGGGAAAAGGAGUGGCUUGUUGGUAACUCUGUAACUUGGGCAGAUUUCUACUGGGAAAUUUGCAGUACCACACUUUUGGUCUUUAAACCUGACUUGCUGGACAUCCAUCCCAGGUUGAUAACAUUACGGAAGAAAGUUCAAGCCAUUCCUGCCAUUGCUGACUGGAUACAACGAAGACCGCAAACCAAACUCUAGGUGAUACGAGCUACCUCUAAGCUUUAUUGUUCUUCGCAGCAUGGCUUCCAUCAGAUGAGAAGCUACCUCAGCCUGCCAUGUAAUCUACACUCUCCCCUCCCCCGACUCCCCAAGUCUCUCAAUUUUGCCAUAUUCUGCUUUAAAAAAAAAAAAAAAAAGGAAAAAGAGGGGGGUGAAGGGCAUUUACUUUCAAGCAUCCUAUUUUUCCCCUUUCCCUUAGAAUAAUUUCUAAUCAUUUACAACUGAGGAAAAAGUUUACAAUACAGGCAGGGCUCACAUUUCAUGGGCUUUGACAUGCAUGGAUUUCAGUCACAAUUGUUAAGGAACAUACACAUUUUCCCCCCAAAAUGGUUUGGACUUAAGAUAGAAUUGCAUGAAGUAUUAACUUUGCUGCUAGCUCCGUGGUCCACAAAUCACUGUAUAAAUAAUAGAUGCCCGUCAUGACCAGUGACCAAUCACAUCACCUCUUUGAAAGUCUGUUAAGGAUUGGUCACCACACACCUGUCACUCAGUAGCAGCACAGUGUGUAGCUGCCUUGCCCACUUGCUUCUCAGUGAUAAACCCACUCAGAAUUUUUUAUAAAGUGGAUCACUGAAAAAGGGAACUCAUCAACAAAGAGGAAAGUACAAUAAAGAAGUGAAAAGUGACCAUGCUGGAGCCAAAUUCAAAUCACAUAAAAAUGGCAAGAGUGGAUAGCUGCAGGUCAAGGGGCUCCAGAGAUGCAGUGGAAGAACUUGGCAAGCUUAUUGACAGAAACGAGGGAAAUGGCUGUGACAGAAUGAUGUUCCAGAAGAAGUGAGACUGCCAAAGAGUUUCACGUUAAGAGAACAGAGAUCAAAAGAAUGAGAAGCCAAGUCACAGAAAAUAUUUGGAAAGACGUAUCUGAUACAGGACUAUACCCCAAAAAGACAAAGAAUCCAAAAUGAACCCAGUUACAAAACAGACCAAGGAUCUGAACAGACACCUCAUUGAAGAUAUACACAUGGUAAAUAAGCACGAAAAGAUGCUCAACAUCGUGUUACCAGGGAAAUGCAAAUAAAAGUGAGUUACCAUUACAUACCUAUAAAGAAUAGCAAAAUUUCAAAACACUGACACCACCAAAUGCUGGUAAGGAUGUGAAACAAAAUGAACUUUUAUUCACUGCUGACAGGAAAGACGCCUUGGGAGAGUUUGGUAGUUUCUUAUAAAACUAAACCCACUCUUACCAUAUGAUCCAGCAAUUACGCUCUUUAGUACUUACCCAAAGGAGGUGAGAACUUAAAGCCACACAAAAAUCUGCACAUGGAUGUUUGUGGCUACUUUAUUGAUAACUGCCAAAACUACGAAGUAAGCAAGAUGCCCUUCUACAGUGAGUUGGUUAAGCAAACUGUGGUGUUCCAAAUAAGGGAAUAUUAUUUAGCACUUAAAAGAAAUGAGCUAUCAAGUCAUGAAAAGACAGAGGAAACGCAAGUGCAGAUUACUAAAUGAAAGAAGUCAAUCUGAAAAAGCUACAAACUGUGAUUUCAGCUACAGAACACUCUGGAAAAGGCAAAACUAUGGAAACAGUAAGACCAGGGUUUGUGAGGGGUGAAUUGGGAAGGAGGGUUGAACAGGUUGAGUAUAGAUAAUUUUUAGGCAGUAUAACUAUUUUGCAUACUGUAAUAGAUUUGUUAAACCCACAGAAUGUACAAGACAAAUAGCAAACCCUAAUGCAAACUAUAGACUUUGGGUGAUUAUUACGUGUCAGUGCAGAUUCACUGACUGUAACAAAUGUUACCAUUCUGGAAUGCAGUUGUUGAUAGUGAGGAUGAACUUGUGUGGUGGCAAGGACAUAUGGGAAUUCACUUUCUGCUCAAUUUUGCUAUGAACCCAAAACAACUCUAAAAAAUAAAGCCUAUUAAAAAAGAAAAAAGCAGGGAUACUUCAUGACACUGGAAAUGCAACAAAGUGCUGGAAGGUGACCCAAGCUUAGAAUGAUGAUGAUUUGCCAAGGUAUAAAAAGAAUGCUCACUUGCAAUCAUACAUGAAGGUAUUAUUAAAACCAUUCUUAAUACCUUCUUUACCAAAGUAAUACACAUUAUCAGUUUUACUAAAAUUAGUUUUACUACUUUUUUCAUUUACAACGAACAAUGUUUUUAAUGUGUUGAGAAAAUAAUUUAAACGUCAUAGAACAUCUUCUCCAAUGAUUAGGAUUAUUUUGCACAAUUUCAAUCUGCAGUCAUUAUUAUGGUCCCAUACUACCAUGGAAAGCUAGAACUGCCCAUAUAAACAAACCAUUUAAAUAGAAAUCUUCCAAGUAACUACAGAUUAUCCCUCAACCCGUUUUAAACCAUAACUGUAGCACUGGAAUAUAUUUUAGUUCAAUGUGCAUGUUAAUAUUAAUACUGGAUUGUCUAAUCUUAGUAGGUCAUGUUAUAUACAGAAACAGAAAAUGCAGUAGAUGACAUAUACAUGAAAUGCAGGACAGAGGAAGGAGAACAUGGUUAAGAAGCCAGAAAUGGGGAGAGGGUAUAGGGGAAGAAAUGAAAAAAAAAAAAAGGAAA